UGCGUGCUUUUGCUCUCUUUGGAACGCGUACAUAGCUGUUCCCUUAAAUUUUUUAUAAUUCUCUCUAUUAUAUUUUUCUGGCUCUCUAUUUUUAUAUUUUUCAGGCUCUCUAUUUUCUUUUUUCUGAUAGGGCCUUUCAUUUAAUUCUGAACCGAAAUCUUUAUGGAGCAUGUGCACGUCUUCUUCUAAUUUUAAAUAUUCAUCUAAAAAUUUUAAUAAUUUUUCUAAAGACCAUAGUGGGUCUAUUCUUUUUCUCUUAAAAAUUUCGGUCAGUAUCUUUUUGGGCAUUUUUGAUUCCACUUCUAAAAUGAGCUGUUGAUGCUCUGUAUUUUCGC